CUGUUCAUUUGACCUGAAAUCUAAAAAAAUCCACUUCAAUAUCCAUAGAUUUUCUUUUAUGAAACUUAUACGUAGACGGUAAAUCGUAACGUAAUUCUGCCAAUACUUCGCCUUUAGCUCCAAAAGAUUCAGCGACUUUUAAGACAUGUGACCUAAAAAAAAUCUAACAUCUAACAAACACCUAACACCUCUGAAACAAAGCUCACCUAGUUGUAGUUUUAUGUAGAGAAUAGACAACAUGAUUAGAGAGGAGGAACGCAACUUCUAGAAAUUUCAUAUCAAUGCCGGUGUUAUGUUUAGUACCAAAAGGAGGAUUCAUAAUGACUGUAUCAAACAUUUUAUGGAAUCUAAGRAAAAUUAAWGUAAAAAAGGCUUGCUMUGAAAAUGAAACAAACCUAUUUGGCAUCAUUUUAAUUACAUCACACUGUACACAAUCUAUGUUACUAACGUCUUGGUCUUCGACAUUUUCCUGGAAAGUUUCUAGUGCAUCUUCGUCAAUUUCAAAGCCAAUAACUAAGCUUGCAUCCAAGACUGCGGCCCCAAUUGCCAAAGCCCCACACCCACAACCCAAAUCAGCCACAAACUUCCCCCUAAGGUCCCCAUAUUGCGACUAAAAAACACCAGAAAUCACCCAAUAACACUUAAUCACAACAAUACCUGAAUGGUGUACAACAUGUGUGACCCCAAAUGGGCCGGGGUAACAUACUGUUCUAACAAAAUUUUUGGUUUCUCAAACGACGAGAUACACUGAAGGCGCUCCUCUAAGUGUCURAGUUUCAAACACGGCCACAUUAUUUACUAUUUUCAAAACGCGGAAGCACUGGUAGAAUAAAGUUACCAAAGGAGGAGUCUUGCGAGAUGAAAUAACCCGUCGAUUGAGAGUUGGCGGUUUGGAGGGCGGCGCGUUGCAACGAACUCAUUGAAUAACCAUCAGUUUGCUGAAUAUUCGGCGACCCCAAGACUGGCAACGACGACGAGUUUAAAGUCGAAGCGACCCCUUGCUUGAGCAGGAGUUGCUUCUUGAGUUGCAAAUCUUCCAAAAUUUUGCGAUUUGCAAGUUCUGCUGAAGACAUUUUAAACAAAUCACACUUUUCUGAAACGAUUUUACCUCUCUGAGCGUUCGGUUGCGGAAAAGCCAUCAAAUUUUCUCUUGUCACASUUUGAGGUUAAUUGUCAUCGGAACAGCAUCGCCAACUUAAUACUCAACAGUGGCCAAUCAAAACGCUGCAAUUUGGGAACAUUUCAGUGGUCGUGUUGUCGACAUUGAAGCCGAACCGAACCGAAAGUGAGGUUGUGUUACUUUUUCAAUAAAAUUGUUUUUGUUUGUAAUUUAAAGAUAAUGAAACCAUCAAAUUCCUCAAAUAAGGCAAGUUCGUCCACGCAGAAAACUAAAAGAAGCUUAAAAGACCGGGAAAAACGAAAGUCGCAAGGGGGCCCCACUGGACUUAACAACCAUAUCGGAACUGAGAAAGGGUCUCCGACUAAAGAUUCUAAUGCAAGGCUUUARGCAGGAAUUGAUUCUGAUUCGAUUAUAAAUUAUGCGGAACAAAUCGCAGUUGAGCAUUUGAAUGUAGACAUAACAAAUARCUUAACAGAAGAUAUAAAUUAUAGGUUGCGAUAUAUUAUAAAUGAUUCUCUAAUCAAAGCAAGACUGUGUGGUAGAAAUGCGAUCAGUUCAAGUGAUUUGGAACAAACGUUUGACAAUUUGAGGAUAGAUAAAGUCUAUGGGGCGCCAUCACAUCCCAAUUGGGUCCCUUUUAGCGAUGAGAAUUUUCUGUAUUUGGAGGACAAGCAAGUGAAUUUGCUAGAAUUGGUCCACGAAGAAGACAUUUAUUACCAGUAUUUCGAACCAAUCGUAACGACUAGUUGGUUACCAGAACACAAAGAGUUAAACAAAACAUUAAAAAACUACUUUUCCACGAUGUGUCAUAUGGUGGUUAGUAGUGAUAUAGAAAUAAGAAAAAUGGUUUUGACAAAUAUAGGAGAAAAUCCUCGGAUAGGUCCUAUAAUUGAGUGGUUUUACAAUUUCGGUUAUAUUCUCUUAUCAAAAGAUAUAACUUACGAUUGUUUGACUUUACGAGCUUUAGAUUUAAUUCGAGUUUUAGAAAAUAGCCCAAUGUGUAGAAUAAAUGUUUCCGAGAAACAGUUAAAAUUAUUAGUGAGACUAAUUUUACAACGUUUGCUUAAAUCGACGACUACAAGUGAAGUAUUAAAACCCAUGUGCAACGUCUUGGCGAUAUUGUCUCAAAGGGGACCGUUACGAGAGUUCACAAUUUUGAAAAUUUUCCAAAAAUUAGAUGAAGUUUUCCACAACUUUGCUCUCCCUGUUAUCACAGCAGUAAAUAGUCUCGGGCUUGAUGCCAUACAAAGCAUCCUGUUACCCAAUCUUAACCUAUUCUUGACUAGAGUAAUGGAAAAGCAAGAUUUGGCUUUUAAUUAUUCCAUAUUGGAAUCUUACAAUAUCCUCUGUAAAGAGCACCUCAUCGACUCGUUCCUUUACGAUCCAUUCGUGGAGCUUUUUGCCGAUUCUAUGGUACUUUUCAAUCGCAUCCAAAUCACAUCGAGGAACACCCCCAAAAGAGAGAUCAAUUUUGCACACUCCAAGUGUGAACUCCUCAAAACUAGGAGAAAAAUCUCUCCACAUGCUAAAUUGAGAAUCGGUGUGUCGAUUGAGGAGGUCUUCGAUCUACCUCCGGAAAAUUCCGAAGUUAGGAAAAAAAUGCAAGGGACGAAAUGGGAGGGGGGCAAGGGGGACAGUUAUGUCAUUGUUGGGAAAACCAGUUUGUUGUUACCGGUUUUUGCCCGGAAACAUAGGACUUAUGAAAAGUGUUUCGACCACUCGUUGGCGUGGUAUAAUUUAUAGUAUUAAAUAAAUCUCGAACUGAU